GAAAUUAACGUUUUUUUGUGUUGAAAUCUAAGGUCAAAUACCUCGAAGGCCUUGUGUCAGGAGCCUAUCACUACGCCUGUCUGGAUCUAAGAUCGGCGUAACGCUACGCUCUUGAAAAGGGUCAAGAUGUACAAAUGUGUAGCUGUAGAAGAAGUGCAGUCAUUUGUAGAGCGAUGCAUGAAAGCUGUAGGAACUGAUCCACAACACUGUACAGCUCUCUCUCAAGUGCUCACAGAGGCUGAGAUCAGGGGACAUGAUACCCACGGACUCAAUAGAUUAGAGAUCUAUAUUAGUGACAUUAAGAAUGGCGUCACGCAACCUCAUGGGGAGCCAAGCAUUGAAAAGGAAACAGUCGCGACAGCGCUGGUAAACGGUAACGACCUUCUUGGUCCGGUCGUGGGUAAUUUUUGCAUGGAUUUAGCCAUCAAGAAGGCAAAGGAGCAUGGGAUUGGCUGGGUAGCCUGUAAAGGUUCAACCCAUUUUGGCAUAGCAGGUUGGUAUAGCGCCCGAGCCCUUCAACAAGGAAUGAUAGGAAUGAGUAUGACCAAUACAUCUCCAGUAGUGGUGCCAACCAGAGCCGCUAAGCCGUCCAUAGGAACAAAUGCCCUCUCAGUAGCCGCUCCAGGGAGGGCAGGGGACAGCUUUCUACUGGAUAUGGCCACGUCAGCAGUGGCAUUUGGAAAGGUAGAAAUGUGCCGCAGGAAAGAAACUGAAAUGCCACAAGGCUGGGGCGUGAACUCAAAAGGACAGGAAACUGUUGUUCCUGAGGAGGUUAUUCAAGGCGGAGGUUUGAUGCCGUUGGGUGGAAAAGAGCUUACAGGUGGUUACAAGGGUUAUGGAUUAGCCAUGAUGGUCGAUGUAUUCUGUGGAGUGUUGUCGGGAUCUGCAUUUGGAACCAACAUAAGGGACUGGCAAGGAGACGACCACAAAAUUGCAAACUUGGGGCACUGUUUCGUAGUUGUUAAUCCUAAUGUGUUUGCAGACGGAUUUGAGGACCGUAUGCAGGCUCUAAUGGAUCAAUACAGAAAUUUACAGCCGGCAGACGGUGAGACUGCAGUACUUGUAGCUGGCGAUCCCGAGAGAGAACACAUGCGCAAAGUUCGUCAAGAUGGCGGCAUUCGUUAUCACGUGAACUUGUUGCAGGCCAUGGAUGAUAUUGCUGACAGAUUGGGAGUGGCACAUUUACCAACACUGUGAAGACCUUACUUAUUUCUGACUUACUCUUUAACCUUAGGGUAUUAUAAUAGUUCUCAGAAGCAUAAAAUAGAGAUAUGUGUACUUAACAAUUAUUCCCCUAGCGCGCGUUGGAUAUAUAAACAAUAGUCUCAAUUUGGCGCGGAAAUAU